CAAUAGCAAUUAAAAAGGAAUUUUUUUUUUUUUUCAUGCUGGUGACAGACAGAAGAAAAGUGUGAAAUCGUCCUUUUUGUGGUGCCUCUUCUCACAGCAUUCACCGCUCCGACAAUCGUUGAGUUUUUAAUUUUAAUUAUGCAUAUCCUAUCUCACUUUGACCAUUGAAGUUCGCAUACUCAGUGUUAUUGCUCUUCUACUUCGUUGGAGUCUAUUCUUGUUCUGCUUUUUGUGGCCAGAAGUAACUGUCAAGGUUGGGUAAGAAGGGAGGAAAAGGAGAAACGCGAAAAUGUUCUUCCACAUAGUGCUGGAGCGAAAUAUGCAGCUCCAUCCACGCUACUUUGGUCGUAACCUUCGUGAUAACCUCGUUUCCAAGCUAAUGAAAGAUGUGGAAGGCACUUGCAGUGGUCGACAUGGAUUUGUGGUGGCAGUUACAGGGAUAGAAAACAUAGGGAAAGGGUUAAUUCGUGAUGGAACAGGGUUUGUGACAUUUCCAGUUAAGUACCAAUGUGUUGUCUUCAGACCAUUUAAGGGGGAGAUCUUGGAAGCUGUUGUCACCAUGGUGAACAAGAUGGGAUUUUUUGCUGAAGCUGGACCUGUACAAAUCUUUGUUUCCAACCACUUGAUUCCGGAUGAUAUGGAGUUCCAGUCUGGAGACAUGCCAAAUUACACUACUUCAGAUGGAUCUGUUAAGAUUCAAAAAGAUAGUGAAGUUAGACUAAAGAUAAUUGGGACUCGAGUGGAUGCUACUGAAAUUUUCUGCAUAGGUACCAUAAAAGAUGAUUUCUUGGGUGUGAUCAACGACCCUGCAACAGUUUAAAUACCCCUUUCUGUACUCUUAUGAUGUUAUUUAUUAAAAUUUAUUGACUACUUAUAUAUUGAUUUUAAUAUUAAAAGAAAUUAAACUA